AUGGAAGAGCAGCCCGUCUUCGUCAUGUCCACGAGCGAGAGCGAGUGCGGAGACGACGACGACGGUGGCAAAGCAACGGGUGUGUGUGCGUUGGCGGUGGUGGCCCCGGAGGGGAGUUUCUCCCGGCAUUCUGCUGCCGCAGCGAGGUCCAUAGAUGAGGUUCUCUUCGGCGAUGGGAGUCACCGCCGCGCGGUGUCGCCAGGGUUGCGUGUGCAGGAAACGGAUAGCGACACUGACUCCUCAUGCGGCAGCAGCAGCAACAGGAGUGCGUUCAUGGAAGAGGGCGUCGGGGAGGAGGCGGGACGGCUGAGCCGCAGUCCUGGCGUCGCGGGUGACAGGGUUGCGGUAGAGCCGUACGAGCACCCCAUGAGUGCGGCGGCGUUGCGUGGGAUGACAUGCGCUGAUGUGCGUGCUGUGCUGGAGCCCUUUUUUCAGCGUAAGGAGGCGGCGAGGAUGCACUUUGAUGCGGCGCAGCAACGAGUCGAGGAAGCGAUAGGGGCGAAGAUGAGUAGGGGGGACAAGAACCUGCUGGAACGCUGGAGGCGCCUAGUGAAUAUCUCCAACUGGGGCGAUGGCAGUGUGUCAAGUAACGAUGUCUUGCUUCCAGAAGUGCUCGUUCCCCCAGCUGCGACUAAGCUUGGCAUCGCUGGCGCCUCCACAAUAACGACUGUGGCCUCCGAGCUGCGGCAGCUGCGGCCACAUCAAAUAGAUGGCAUUCGCUUCUUGUGGAGUAUUCUUGUGGAAGGGCCUGUCGGAAGAGUCCCUGCCGUUGGUUGCAUUCUUGCCCACACCAUGGGACUCGGCAAGACCUGCCAGGUGGUCGUUUUUCUGCAUCUUUUCCUCAAUGAGCAAAGACGGUGUGAAGCGCGGUCGCAGCGGGUGUUAAUUGUAGUCCCAAAAUCUACACGAGCGGCGUGGCUGAAGGAGUUCGCCGUCUGGUCACCGUAUUUUCCCCUUGCCCAGCGCCUCACCCCAAUCGCUAUUGAUGAGCGUGACAGUGCGAGGCGGCGGUCGGAGGUGUACGAGGGUUGGUGCAGCGAAGGUGGGGUGUUGCUUGUGGGGUACGAGAUGCUGCUCGGCCUCACGAAGCUCUCGACGAAGGAAGUAAAGGGGAAUAAAAAGGGAUGCAGGUUGACGGAUCUGCUCAUAUGCGAUGAGGCUCAUCGAUUAAAGUCAACGCAUCUGCAGAUUUCGGCGGCACUCCGUGGGUUACACCCGCUGCGUCGGCUGCUUUUGACGGGUACGCCUCUGCAGAAUCACCUGCAGGAGUAUUGGGCCAUGGUGGACUUUGCGCUUCACAAGUACUUUGAACGGCGACGAUUUCAGGAAUUCUUCAUUAACCCAAUUGAGGCCUCCGUCGCUCAAGAGGCCAGCCCGAGGGAGGUUGCCAUGGCUCGUAUGAAGACAUUCGCUCUGAUACGUGAGCUGCGACACUUUGUUCAGCGCGUGGAUAGCACCCCACUACAGAAAGAGUUACCACCCCUGCAUGAGUACGUGCUUGUUGUCCCGCUCUCCGCACUCCAGGCCCGCUUGUACAAUCGCUUCCUGCAGCUGGUGCGUCUGGAGCGAUACAAGUUUAACUUUCUCCAGGCGGUAACGUACGCCAACAAGAUCUCCGCCCAUCCGAAGUUACUUGAGGUAAAUCCAUGCUCACCAGUGCGAGGUAUUCUACGAGGGCUGGAGGGCAACUCCGAUGAGGAGGAGGAGGAGGGAGAAGAAGAGGAGGGUGGCAGUGCGGAGGAGAGGAAUAGAGGGAGUUGUGGCUGGCGGCGCACGGCAGUCGCUGGAGCGCCGGUUAGUCAGAGGUAUGCCGACCUCUUCCAGCUGCCGCCAAACUACACCGCGGCCCCUGAAGACGGUGCCAAGUUGUAUAUCGCCGUCCGGAUCAUCAAGGCGGCGAUGCUGCGGGGUGAAAAGACGUUGUUCUUUAGCUUAUCGACGAAACUACUUGAUCUCUUUGAGGAAAUUAUUGCUGAGAUGAAUCGUCGAUGGCAGCAAGAUGGCUCCCUGUCACGUCCAAUCAGCGUUUGCCACCUCGAUGGGAGUAGCAGCGGGGCGCAGCGUGAGAGUACGCUGCGGUCCUACCACUCCGAACGCGGUGCAGACGUGCUGCUGCUUAGCAUGAAGGCAGGCGGGGUGGGUAUCACCAUCACUGCCGCCACUCGUGUUAUUCUCGCAGACAGCGGCUUCAACCCGGCAGAUGACAGGCAAGCCAUUGGACGUGCCUACCGCUACGGGCAGACACGACCCGUCUUUGUCUACCGGCUCGUGUGCUACCAGACGUUGGAGCAUCGCCUGUUUCAGCAGAAGUUGGCAAAAGAAUGGCUUUUUCGAACCAUUGUCGAGGAGGCCUCGUUGAAGCGUGACGCUCUGGCCGGAUUACGUCUGCAGUCUAUGUUUCAGCUCCUCAGUCGUGCACGGGAGGUGGCAAACGGGGUGCCAACGUUGACCGAUGGGCAGCGAAAGUCGACGGCGCGGCUGGUGGCGGAGGACGCAGUGCUAGCUGAUGUAGCCGAACACAUUAUCUACGCCGAGGCGCACGAGGUCUACCUGCAGCAUGACGAGCUGGUGCAGUACGGCGCAGAGGAGCGGGAGUUCUACGAGGAGUACCAGAAGAAAGGCGUCUUUAACGUUGACGGGGACGUAGGUGAGGUCGGCCUUGUGCGUGAGCAGGAGCAGCGCAAGCGGCAGCGCGAAGAACAGUGGGAUAAUGUGGAGGGACGGACGAAAACGCUAACGACGUUGGUUGACGAUAUCAUCCGCGGCCGUGCGGAAGCUGACCCGCAGCUUCGCCACCUCCUGCGCAUGAUGGGUGUCACUGUGGAUGCGUCGGGGGCGGUCUCCGUUGUGAGUGUGCGGGAGGCGCAACAGUCUCUCACAGGGGAUGGGGAGAGUAUAGGUGUAGGCGGCGAUGACGGACAUCGUCGUUUGACAGACACGAAGGCAGCACGCACAGAGACGGGUCCGCGUUUACUUCCCGUAUUGUUAAAGGACUUGGACGACGAGGAAGAUGAGUCUGUCCUCUUUUACGGGAAGGAGAGUGAAGACAUCGGUGUGGUCAUUGACCCGUCCAAAUACGAGCCCUACAGGCCGGGUGGUAACGCCCAGCACGCUAUCUUUGUCGACGAGGACGAGGUGUAG